AUGUCUGAAAAAAACAAAUUCUUUUCCAGAUUUCUUUUCUACCUAAUCACCGUUUGUAUGUUCCUUUUGAUCCUUUCUUCUGUGUCCCUUGUUCAAUUUCCCAAUACUCAUUUCAUUCCCAGAUCAGUUUUCAAGAUAAUUCUUGUUAAUAGCACAUCACUUUUCUUGAAACCCAAUGAUAUCAAAUUUCCCUUCUUUUCUUCUACUGCUACUAAUUUGACAAUGAGUUGUGGAAGUCUGUCUUGUCCAAACUCCAUUGUGGGUACUUCUAGAUGCCAAAGAAAGAAAACAUGUGGCCGAAAUCAAGCUCUCCGAAAGCUAAAGGUAUAUAUGUAUGACUUGCCUCCAGAGUUUCACUUUGGAUUGUUGGGUUGGAAGGGAAAAGCAAAUCAAACCUGGCCAAAUGUUGAUAGCCAUAGUCUUAUCCCACCAUACCCAGGUGGGUUGAAUUUACAGCACAGUGUGGAGUACUGGCUCACCCUUGAUCUUUUGGCAUCAAACACAUCGAAGGUGGGCACUGCACUGAGAGUACAAAAUUCGAGUCAGGCAGAUAUUAUUUUUGUGCCAUUCUUCUCAUCUCUGAGUUACAAUCGACAUUCUAAACUACAUGGAAAGGAGAAAGUUAGUGUUAACAACAUGUUGCAGGGUAGAUUAGUACAGUUUUUGAUGGCUCGGGAUGAAUGGAAGCGGUUUGGGGGGAAGGAUCAUUUGAUCGUUGCCCACCAUCCGAAUAGCAUGUUACAUGCGAGAAAAAAGCUGGGUUCUGCUAUGUUCGUGCUUGCAGAUUUUGGGAGAUACCCAGUUGAAAUUGCCAAUAUCGGGAAAGAUAUAAUUGCUCCUUACAAGCAUGUUGUGAGGACCUUUUCGAGUGGUGAAUCAGCUCAAUUUGACGACCGUCCAAUAUUAAUGCAUUUCCAAGGAGCAAUAUAUAGGAAGGACUAUGCAUGUCCUCAGAUUCAUUAUCUUGCCGAUGAAAAUUCUAAUUCUUGGUCACGCAGAAGAAUAUUCCAGAUCAAAUUCGAAAGGUUAUGGGGAGCUAUUCGCCAAGAACUUUACUACCUUCUAAAAGAUGAGAAAGAUGUACACUUUAAAUUUGGAACAUAUCGAGGGGAUGGGAUCAAUAAAGCAGGCCAAGGGAUGGCUUCAUCCAAAUUUUGUCUAAACAUUGCUGGGGAUACCCCUUCCUCCAAUCGCCUGUUUGAUGCCAUUGCGAGUCAUUGUGUUCCUGUGAUUAUAAGUGAUGACAUUGAGCUACCAUUUGAAGAUGUUCUAGACUACUCAAAAUUCUGUGUAUUUGUUCGAGCAUCCGAUGCUGUUAAAAAAGGGUACCUACUGGAUCUUCUUCGUGGAAUUAAGAAGGACCUUUGGACCAAGUUGUGGGAACGAUUAAAGGAAAUUGCUCCACAUUUUGAAUUUCGCUAUCCAUCCCAGCCUGGUGAUGCUGUGGAUAUGGUUUGGAAGGCUGUGUUACACAAAACAUCUUCAGUACAAUUUAAACGUAACAGGAAGAACAGAUAUGUGAGAUCAGAGGCUUUGCUGAAGAGAGUUUGA